AUGUUCAACCUCGGAACCGUCUUCGUAACUACCCUGGGCCUCUUGAUGGCAGGAGUAGCUAGCGGAGCCCCCGCCGAGCCUGCUUCUAUGAUGGUCAAUCCUGGGGCCACCAUAUACCAAGACAUGGAGUACAAAGGGGACUCCCAGCAGCUUCUCGAGGCUAAUCUCUGCUACUCAUUUCCGGAAAACACUCCAUGGUUCCACAAUAUCUCCUCCAUGAACAUCCGUCCAGGGUAUAUCUGCGAUGUCUACAUGGGGUUCGCCUGCAACCAGAUGCUUAAGGAAGGCAUGCAGGGCGAGCACCUUAAACUUGACGAUGACAACAUCAACAAUAUGAUUGAGAGCAUGAAGUGCAGGCCUAUGUAG